AUGCCUCUGUUCGCCCCCUCGCACCCCCCUCUCACCCACCUCCGCAGCUUCUCCAGCAGCGCGCGCACGCUCGCCAAAUCGACCAAGAAGCGCCUGGAGUACGAGCACCGCGCGGUGCCGCCCUACCCCUACGGGCCCUCGCACAUCUACAAGCAGUCGAACUUCGGGCUCUACGGCACGCAGAAGAUCCGCUUCGGGAACAUCGUGUCGGAGAAGAACGAGAUCAAGACGCGGCGGCACUGGCGGCCGAACGUACACUCGAAGCGGCUGUGGAGCGACGCGCUGCAGCGCUACCUCCGGCUCCGCAUCACGACGCGCGUGCUGCGCACCGUCGACAAGGUCGGCGGCCUGGACGAGUACCUGCUCGGUGAGAAGGCGGGCCGCCUGAAGGAGCUGGGCAUGGGCGGGUGGAAGCUGCGCUGGAGGAUCAUGCAGACGGAGCGCGUCAGGGAGAGGUAUCGGAGGCAGCGGGAGCUCUUGGGAUUGCCGCCGCUGGAGGAGGUGUGGCGGGGUUCGGACGGGGGGCAGGCGACUGAGCAGCAGGUUGCGGAUGAGAUGCGGGCGUUCGAUGCCGGGUUGGAGACUGGGGAGGAGAUCGAGGUGGUGGACGAGUCGGGGGCAGAGGCGUCGGCGGAAUCUGACUUUUUGCGUGAGGAGUCCCCGAGGCGGAAUGUGGUGCUCUCCCUCGUCUCGAGAUUUCCAUUUGCGAAAUUACGAUCUACUCAAAGCGGUCAUUCGAAGCUGGGGAGGAAAGCAUACGAUUCGGCUUUGCUCUCCAAGGGCGUCGUGGAGCAUGGGCCCGUCGAAGAAUAA